CCCAGCAGCAAAGCUACGCCCUUUUGGGAACCGAAAGACACUACCUGAUGCCAUUAAAACGUCCGCCUAAAAAGUGCCACAAACAAAAUUAUUUCUCUUCUACUGUCAUUCUACCGAAAUGGCCUGUGUUGAACAAUAAAAUAUUAUAAAUAUAAUAAGCUUUUUCCCUCCAAAAGGGCGGCAGCGGAAAAAAACACCGGAGUUAAUCUCUUGGCUUCUACUAUACUCUUUGGUAGCAGGUCGCGCAGCUAAGGAACGGUUGCUAACCAACCAACCAACCGCUGACUGCACUUGAUCUUCUGAACAACUAAGAUGUCCAGCCGGCGUUUCAACGACCGCUGGAUUGUUGUGGAUCAAAUGUACGAAAACCCGACAUGGGAUGAAUGUUACGCGGUCCUCGACACCGACUGGCAGUUCGCAGAUGACACCGACGGGCUUGUUUCAACGAUGGAGUCCGAGUUGGAUGAUUUCACUCCAGAGGAGAAGCAUCAUGUAGAUCCAAAGGAAGAAGAAUGGUGGGUUUCUGCUCCUUCUUCCCCUGCAACAUCUUGGUCACCACCCCACAACGCUCCGUGGACCAGGUCUCAUAGGAGGAGAUCCAGGGGAGCUGCUGCAUCACACCGCCAUAAGGCUCAGCAAUACCGUGGAUUUAGGGCACCUUUUUCCAUGCAACGCAGACGUGGCUGCGGCUGCAACUGUAGCCGAUGGAGAUACACACCAAGGAGAUACAGGCAAAGAGUAACGUCAUGGGAGCACCUUCCUGUGGCCAUCCAGCCUACCGAGUGGUACCAGGUUGUCGGGAGUAGGCAGUGCAGCCACUGCAAAGCCCAGGGGAGGCACCAGAUGACGUCCUGGAUGUGCCGGAUCUGCGAGGUGCCCCUGUGUCUGACGCCGCUUCGGAACUGCUACUCUAAGUGGCACGGUCAGGGAUGUUGAGAUCAGAGGGUGGAAGAUGCCUGUCAGUGAGGAAAUUUAAUGAAAGUUUAAGCUCCCAGUUCUUGUGUUCGUGCAACUUUAGUUUGCCUGUAGGCUUUCCCUCUCAAAUAUGUUGUUAAUUUGCAAGACGCUAAAUGUUGUACUGUAAUGCAGAAUAUUGAUUUGGUGUUUACAAGAGGGACACCACUUGUUUUUACUCUAUCUGAGUAGUAGAGUAAGACAAAUUAUCUUCAAAAGUUGCUGUAGAGAAAAGAUUUUUUGGUUGUGGUCAACUGGUUUGCACUCUAUUAUGUAUUCAUAUAUUCCCAUUGUGAUUAUAUAUUUUAGGGAAAACAGUUUCUAUUGAUUUUUCCUGUUCCUGUAAAUGUUUAAUUCUAAUUAAAUUUCAGAAAAGUUUA